AAAUACCGGGUUGGCCGUUGUGUUCAUCUGAUACCAAGAUUACAAACACCCUUUUUGCGAGCUCUGAUCCAAGGUUAGAUCGUUCGCAUUUAUUUGUUCUCCAUGUCCGCUCCUACGAGACAACUCCGCGGCCUGUCUAUCGAUGACAAAAUGCUACAAAGGCCAACUCAACCCGAAGGAACACCGCAUCCCGAAGACGACAGUGCACUCAUGGAAACAGGGAGUGACGAGAGUGAAGUCGGAGGGGAGUUGCCUGAAUUCUCUACUCUGCAAGGAAAAUCUGGCAUCACCUAUGAUCUUACUAAACUGAAUCCCGAGUCCGAAGCGAGAGCCCUUGUGGGUUUAACGAGUCAGUUCGAUGUGACCGGCUGCCGUAGAACCAAGACAGGGUUUGAUUUCCAGUUUUCAGAGCGGCCACAAGUUCAUAUCGGCCCAGGUGGUUAUACAUGCACCUGUUCGAUGUUCAUGGGCCUGCCUGGUGUUGCCUGUCCACACGUUUUCUGGCUUGUCGACCAGCUUCAUGGCUGUCUUAUCCCUCAAAUUCCCAAUUAUGAUGUGCCGUUAUCGAGCGAUGGUCACCCUCCAGUCUUCACCCCCAUUGAACGACUCCUUGAUGACAAACUCGAAACAGUUGCGGAGCUAUUGAGCUGGCAAUAUGUCCGUUCAGAAGUGGAGGGUGGCAUGAGCCGUCCACAGAAAGUGAGAGACCUUAUGUCUGCCUUCGAUACAGCCGUACUCCCCGAGGAUUUCCGCCUCGACCUUAUCGAUGACGAUGGCCAAUCGCGCACUCCAGAACAGUGUGUGGUGCAAGGAGACUUCGAGGCCACCAUGUUUCGGCUUGCGGUACACGACGACGCGGUCUAUUUUAGCCUGUGCAAAGCCAUGCCACCCGGGGCCUGCGCGGCAAUUUAUUUCGAUAAGGUACAGGAAAAAUCACGGAAAUUGUUAACAGAUUUUGAUCGCUACUGCCAAACGGGACGGCGUCCGAAAGGAUCCAACGUGGACGUCAACAACGUGAUCGGAGAACUGCAACAUAAUGUCAAUCGAAUUCAAGCGAACAUCGCUACGCGAGCACCGCACGGUGUUGAAGGAGCCGCUAAAGCGCUAGUGACGCUUUUGGAAGACAUCUGCAACCGCAAUAAGGACGCGCUAGAUGGGAACCACUGGGGUGGAGUGACCUUCGAUGGGGAGGACGAGGAUCAACGUAACUUAUACCAUCAACUUAUCGGUAGGGCGGAGGAAACAGGAGAAUGCUUCAUCUUGGAUGCCCUCGAGCAGUUAGCAGGCUUAGAUCUUCACCAAUUCAAGGAGAGGCUGCGAGCAAUUCUUCAGAAAAACGAAGUGAACCGCGCCCCGAAGGCAUACAUACUGAAGUUGAAUGCAUUGGUCCGUCGAGCUGAAUCCAAUUCUUCUAGCUCAGGUCAAAAACGACCGGCUACAGCUAGUUCUGGGGGACACGGGCAGAGCAAGAGAACCCGCUGAUGCUUCGUGGUGCUGUACAUUCACAUUUUGUUUGAUACCCUGUAUUCCAUAGCUUCCCCUUUGCUUCACACCAUAGAUCAACGAACCAUGACGCGGCCGAAUA